AUGGGAAUAGUAAGAGCAAUUCAUAUGGGAAUGAACAAACUCAAACAUUUUUGGAGCCAUGUGGAUGAACAAUUUGAAUUCUCAGAAAACAAGAAAAGUACCCAUUACAAUGAGAUGUUAGAUCUGUUCAAGAGAGUCAACAUCAACAUUCCUUUUCUUGAAGCAAUCAAGCAAAUCCCUGCUUAUGCCAAAUUCCUCAAAGACUUGUGUACUCAAAAGCGCAAGCUCAAUGUGCAAAAACGUGCUUUCUUAGCUGAGCAGGUGAGUUCCAUCAUUCUGAACAAAACUCCACCCAAGUUUAGGGAUCCAGGAUGUCCAACAAUUUCUUGCACUAUAGGAGAACACACGGUCAAUAAAGCGUUAUUAGACCUAGGUGCAAGUGUUAACCUACUGCCAUAUUCUGUUUAUGAGCAGUUAGGUCUUGGGGAGUUGAAACCAACAUCUAUCACUCUACAACUGGCAGACCGAUCUGUCAAGAUUCCUCGUGGAGUGGUCGAAGAUGUUUUGAUCAAGGUUGACAAAUUCUAUUUUCCCGUAGACUUCAUUGUCUUAGACACUCAACCUGUACAAAACCCAGACUGUCACAUUCCUGUCAUCUUAGGACGUCCUUUCUUGGCUACGUCCAACGCGAUCAUCAACUGUCGGAAUGGAGUGUUAAAACUGUCUUUUGGUAACAUGACGGUAGAAUUGAAUGUGUUCGAUAUUAGUCAACAACCUGUGAAUCUUGAUGAUGAUGAUGUGCAUGAAGUUAAUAUGAUUGAAGGAUUAAUGCAAGAUUCUAUGGAGAACUUUAACCCUGAUUCCUAUGAUGAUGCAUACUGUAGUGACGUCCUAUCUCUGCUCGAAUCUGUACCUCAAAUGGACGUCACUGAAAGGAAAUAUGAAGUGGAACCACCCCUACUCUCUGAUUCCAAGCUUAUUCCAUCCAUUGUUGAGCCACCCAAGCUUGAAUUGAAAACAUUGCCUAGUACGUUGAAGUACGCAUUCCUAGGUUCUUCUGAUACUUUACCUGUCAUUAUUUCAUCAUGUUUAGACACGGAACAGGAAAGUAGGAUGCCCUCACGUUGGUCGAGACAAGACCGCUCUAAAUUCCUGGCUGAAGUCAAACAUUUCCUUUGGGAUGACCCAUAUUUGUUUAAGUACUGCCCAGACCAAAUCAUUAGGAGAUGUGUCCCCAACACUGAGGCCUAUAGAACAGCUUAUAAGACACCAAUUGGCAUGUCCCCCUAUCGUCUAGUGUAUGGAAAGCCGUGCCAUCUACCUGUGGAAUUAGAACAUCGUGCCUACUGGGCA